UCACCUUGAAAUCCUUGAAAUCGUGCAAUUCUUGUCUCGCCUGGUUAAAUAAAUAAUUAUCAAUGUUUGGAAUAGUCGCGGGCCACUCCAGCUCAAAUAGAUAAUUAUUAUGAACCUUCAGCACCCUCCUACUCUACUACAUGUGAUUCAUGUGGAUAUUAGCUAGCGCUGCGCGACGUAGAUUUCACUUUUAGUCGCUCGCUCGCCUGGAGCUUCUGCUCACAACUUACAUAAUAUCUAUUACAAUAAAAAUUUCGAUUAAUAAACACAUUAUUUCAAAAUGGUGCUGACGAACGUACUACGAGGUGCUAGCAAACUGCGACCGCUACUCAACACACGCCUAAAUCUACCAACACAAUUAUUAUACACUACUGCUCCCAAAUUAGACAAAAAAGAAGUAAAAGUCACAUUUGUGAAGGCAAACGGUGACAGGAUACAAGCAAAAGGAAAAAUUGGUGAAUCGCUGCUGGAUGUUGUUGUGAACAACAAUGUGGACCUUGAUGGAUUUGGUGCGUGUGAAGGCACACUCACCUGUUCAACCUGCCAUCUAAUUUUUAAGAAACCUGACUUUGAUUCGCUGCCUGACAAAGCCACUGAGGAAGAGCUGGAUAUGUUGGAUUUGGCUUAUGAACUCACUGAUACAUCCAGAUUAGGCUGUCAAAUUAUCCUCACUGAGAAACUGGAUGGGUUAGAAGUGCAGCUUCCUUCUACAAUCAACGAUCAAAGAGGAAAUUAAUACAAAAUGGUGCAUAUUACAUUUGGAUGACAAAAUGAACUAAAUAAAUCUAUUUUUAUGAUAGUUAUAUUAUUAUUAGGCAAUAUUACUUGUAAUUAUUGUAAAUUACUGUCGUGGUAAUCAUCAGGUCAAUUUCUAAUUGUUUUCAAUGUGUAAACCUAAUCAAUUUGCGUUUUUAUGCUUAUUUAAUAUAUAAUUUUGUUUAUUUAAGUAUUUCUAAGUAAAUAUAUACUAUUAUUAUUUUGUUAUUUAUUAAGUUUAUGUUACAAUUGUUUAUUGUAAUAAAUAAUUGCAAUUGAAUGAA